GCGGGCGGCGAGCUGGGGUGGGCCCUUUGCCCGCUGAUCUCCGGCAAGGGGCAGAAGUGAGCUGGCGGCGGUCUGCUCAUCUGUAAAAUGGGCCCAGAAGGCUGGGACGAGCUAGGUUGUGACAAGCCUCCAGCAGGAGGGAGCCACUCUCAGUGGUUCCAUUUUUGGCCUUGGGGCGAUCCUCGAGGGCACAGGGCUUCCCGUCUCUGGCCCCUCAGCCCUGAGAGUCAGGCUUCUGUCCAGAUCCAGUGGAUAUCGAGCAAGGCGGGCCCCAGCCAAGCCACCGGCCAUUUUCACAGGACAAAAGCAGGAGAACAUAAUGAAAUCCAACAUUGACAAGAAGUUCUCUGCGCACUACGAUGCUGUGGAGGCGGAGCUCAAGUCCAGCACUGUGGGUCUCGUGACCCUGAAUGACAUGAAGGCCAAGCAGGAGGCACUGGUGAAGGAGCGGGAGAAGCAACUGGCCAAGAAGGAGCAGUCGAAGGAGCUGCAGCUGAAGCUGGAGAAGCUGCGAGAGAAGGAGCGCAAGAAGGAGGCCAAGCGCAAGAUCUCCAGCCUGUCCUUCACCCUGGAGGAAGAGGAGGAGGCGGGCGAGGAGGAGGAAGCCGUGGCUGUGGAGGAGGAGGAGCUGGAAAGGGAAGAGGUCACCACGAAGAAGAGGAAGCUGGGGAAGAACCCAGACGUGGACACGAGCUUCUUGCCAGACCGCGACCGGGAGGAGGAGGAGAAUCGGCUGCGGGAAGAGCUGCGCCAGGAGUGGGAAGCCAAGCAGGAGAAGAUCAAGAGUGAGGAGAUUGAAAUCACCUUCAGUUACUGGGACGGCUCCGGGCACCGGCGCACGGUCAAGGUAGGCGGUGGGGGCCUGCGCCCCGCUCCCCUAGCCCCCGGGCCCCGCCGGCUUCGGAUUCGGUGGGAACGAGCUUUCCGGUGGCCCGUCUCCCCUUCUCAACUCCUCGGUCGGUCUCCUGCACGCCUCUUGCUGGCCACCGGUGCAGAUGAAAAAAGGCAACACGAUGCAGCAGUUCCUGCAGAAGGCGCUCGAGAUCCUGCGCAAGGACUUCAGUCCGCGGGGGUGGAGCAGCUCAUGUACAUCAAGGAGGACCUGAUCAUUCCCCACCACCACAGCUUCUACGACUUCAUCGUCACCAAGGCACGAGGCAAGAGCGGGCCCCUCUUCAAUUUCGACGUGCAUGACGACGUGCGGCUGCUCAGCGACGCCACCGUGGAGAAGGACGAGUCGCACGCGGGCAAGGUGGUGCUGCGCAGCUGGUACGAGAAGAACAAGCACAUCUUCCCCGCCAGCCGCUGGGAGCCCUACGACCCCGAGAAGAAGUGGGACAAAUACACGAUCCGAUGAUCCGGGUCCUCAGCUCCGCCAGCUCCCCGCUCCCGAGACGUGACGGGGCUGGUCGCCCCCCGCCCGGCGCUGUCAUUCACCGCCUUUUUCUUCCGCGAUAAAGAAGCGUCUGCGUCGAGAGUCGGGGCACCCGUGGCGUGUCUUGGUCCAAGAUUUUUAUCUUACACCUCCUUACUGAGCUGAAAUUCACCUAACGUAACCUUGACCCUCUGACCGCCGGGAAGGGGUGAAGUCCGGGCCCUCCGCACGCUCACUGUCGUGAGGGGUCCCCAGAGCAGCCGCCGUGUCCAUCGGCCGCCUCUUCCCCAGCCCACUCUCCUUUCUGUGUGUGCGGAUUGACCUGUUCUGGAAGUUUCACGUAAACAGAAUCACACCACA